AUGAUAUCAACUAGAUAUUCUGUAUUAAAAGCAUAUAAAAACCUAUUAAAGGUUCAAAAAAUUACUUUUAAUGGAGAUAAUUAUGCAUUAAAAGAAGCAAAAAGAAAAACAUGGGAGGAAUUUAGAAAAAAUAAAGACGAAGUUGACAUUAUAAAAAUCAACAAGUGUAUUGGAGAAGCUGAGGAGGUUGCUGGCAUUCUAAAAAAGAAUAUUGUACAAGCAGUUUUAGUUGAUAAUGAUCAAAAAUUAUUUAAAUUAAAUAUAACUAAAGAUACAGAAUUGGGAGAUAAUGAAUCAAUUAAGAAUCCUUUAUCAGCAAAAGAUUUAAAGGAACAGUUAGUCUAA